AUGCUGACGGACGAAAUGUUGACAAUAGGGCUUGUUGUCAUUUUAGGUAAUAUUAGCUUUUUGUCUGGUCAAUCAAACGAGAAACGUCUUUUACUAGAUGAUCAGGAUGUCAUCCACCGAGAACUGCAGACGAUAAGAAACAGAAUGACCCAGUUAGAGAAUGAAAACUCGAUAAUGAAGAAGCAGCUUCAGAACACACAAGUUUUAGGUGCCACAGCAUACACAAUAUGGGGGAGAAAAUUCUGUCCUACUGUAAAUGGGACCAGUACAAUAUUUUCAGGUUUAGUUGCAGGCAAACACUUUGACGAGCAAGGAAGUGGUGUAAAUACAUUGUGUCUCCCGCAUGAUCCAGAACCAGCUCCUUCAGAUUUUCCUUCAAAACUCCAUGGUGGCUUAUAUGCAAGGAUUUGGGGAAGCGAAUACCAAUUUAACUUUAGAAACGUUGCUAUAAAUGAUGAUGUUCCUUGUGCUGUUUGUCUGAUAAACCAUGCUUCAACCUGCCUCAUGAUGCCAGCUAAAACAAAAUGUCCAGUAGGAUGGCACAAACAGUAUUCUGGUGUUCUUAUUGGUGCUUGGUCCGGUGAGUACUCAUCGGAAUACAUUUGUAUGGACGAAAACCCUGAGUUCUUUGAAGGUACUCGUACGCAUGACGAUAAUGGUCGUACACUUUAUCCUGUUCGAGCAAGGUGUGGAAGCCUCCCAUGUCCACCAUACACAGAUUACCAGUAUAUAUCUUGCGUUGUGUGUUCACUAUAA